UAGCUGUGGUUAAUUGUGUCUUGUAGGAUUUUAUUCCUUUUUCUUUUUAAUGAGUUUGAGGAUAGGACUUUGACCUGGCAGGUGUCUGUUGGCUGGCCUUCAUCCCAGGUGAGACGCGUUUUGGUUGGAAUCCUGGCUGCAUAUCUGACUCCACCUUCCUAGGAGAUAGCAGCUGAUGGCUCAGGUACUCCUGCUGCCAGUUAUGGAAAACUUAGUUUCAGUUCAUAGCUUCUUUCUUUCUCUCCUUCUCUGUAAAUCUGACUUUCCAAUAAAAAUAAAUCUUAAGGGAAAAAAAAGUACUGUUCUGACUCUGGAAUGUGACUGCUCUCGCUUCCGUCUAGGCAGGGCAGUAAGUGUACUGAGCUAGCCCCUGGAGAGCCAGUUGUGUUCAGAAUAGUGCAAAUGUAUGGUACACAGAUCCUUGCCAUUUAUUGUGUGAAUAGGUAUUUUUCCAGUUUUUAUUCUCACAUGUACACGUCUCUGCUAACUGAAAUAUUACUUAAUCAUUGUCAUAGUUGGGAAAAUUGUUGCUACAAAUAAAGAUAUAUAUGUAUAUAUUUGAACCAACAUGCUCAUUACAUUGCAUAUCUGUCUAAACUUGUACUUGUAGUGCUUAAGUUCAUUGUCUUGGUAUCUUCCUUGAAUUAAUUGCCUUGUGUUCUGUGAUCUUGUUUUUUGAUUUGUUCCAGUGUGAGCCACUGCCCCAUACUGUGUUGAUGCUGAUCUGCCAUGCUAGCCUGUCUACCAGGGCCAGGUGACCUGUCCUUUCAGCUUCUUUCUCACACGCAGAUGAACACUGGACUUCAGAAAUGGGACACUACACAGAAAAUGAGAACUGCUCACUAUCCUACCCCAGCCGAAUUGGACGCGUAUGCUAAGAAGGUCGCAAACAACCCACUGACUAUAAAAAUCUUCCCCAACAGUGUGAAGGUUCCCCAGCGGAAACACGUUCGUCGUACUGUGAACGGCCUCGACACAUCAGCCCAGCGCUACAGCCCCUACCCGACUCAGGCUGCCACCAAGGCAGGCCUACUUGCCAUUGUCAAAGUGCCAGCCAAAAGCAUACUCAAGGACUUUGACGGCACCCGAGCCCGGUUGUUCCCUGAGGCCAUCAUGAACCCCCCAGUAGCGCCCUAUGCUACUGUGGCACCCAGCACUUUAGCUCAUCCACAAGCCCAGGCUCUGGCCCGCCAGCAGGCCCUACAGCAUGCACAGACCCUGGCUCAUGCCCCUCCCCAGACGCUGCAGCACCCUCAGGGUAUCCCGCCACCCCAGGCGCUGUCCCACCCUCAGAGCCUCCAACAGCCUCAGGGUCUGGGCCACCCUCAACCCCUGGCUCAAACCCAGGGCUUGGUCCACCCUCAGGCCCUGGCUCAUCAGGGUCUCCAGCACCCCCCCAAUCCGUUGCUGCAUGGAGGCCGGAAGAUGCCAGACUCAGAUGCUCCCCCAAAUGUGACUGUGUCUACCUCAACUAUUCCCCUUUCGAUGGCGGCUACCCUGCAGCACAGCCAGCCCCCGGACCUGAGCAGCAUCGUGCACCAGAUCAACCAGUUUUGCCAGACGAGGGCAGGCAUCAGCACUACCUCAGUGUGUGAGGGCCAGAUCGCCAACCCCAGCCCCAUUAGUCGCAGUCUGCUCAUCAAUGCAAGCACUCGGGUGUCGACCCACAGCGUCCCUGCACCAAUGCCUUCCUGUGUGGUCAAUCCCAUGGAGCACACACAUGCGGCUGCAGCCGCACUACCCGCUGCAGGCCCUGUCAACCUGCCCACGGGCAUCUCUCGAGCCCCCACUGGCUACACUAAUGACCUCAAGCCAGUUGCCUGGAACCAGCACCAGCUGGCCCACCUACAACAGAUGUGCAGUGAGGCUGGUGGGACGCCAGCCCCUGGCCUGACAGGCAAGCAUGCAGCAGGACGCGAGUUAGCAGGGCCUGGCUUUGUGGGCAAGGCCCCUGCCUACCCGCAGGAACUCUGCCUGGCACAGUCCUUCCAUCUGAAGCCACCCCUGGAGAAACCAACCCCAUCCCCACCAGUCAACGGCCUGGCAGCCCCACUGGCCUACCCUAAUGGGCACUACUUCCAGCCCCUGUGGAACAACAUUCUGCCCACUCCCAAUAGCGACAGCUCAGGGUCUCAGGACCUCGCCAUGCCAUUCCACGGUGGGCAGCCCACGGGUGCACCCCUCGACUGUGCGGCAGCAGCUCCUGGGGCUCACUACCGAGCAGGGACCGGAGGCGGUCCAGUGGCAAGCCAGAACAGCUUGAUGCAAACGGUGGAUUACCUAAGCGGGGAUUUCCAACAGGCCUGCUUCCGAGAACAGAGCCUGGCCAUGCUGAGCAAGGCCCACCGCGCCCCUGGCAGCCGAGCCCCCGAUCCCACAGAUAGUCGAAGUCUUCAUAUUCAGCACCCGGGGUAUAGAUAGGUAGCCCUGGUGAACCUCCACAAGCAACACAUCAUACUUCACCCUCCUAGAUUUAGUCUUACUUUUAAAUAACUGGAUAGUUUCAAAGUUUCACUGCUCCAAUGUGAUCACUCCUAGAUGUUUCAGAAGGAGAAAUUGGUGGGAUAUCAUUGAGGACAGGAGUCCUCUCAUUCUCUGCUCAAGGAGGCAGCUUUUUAUGUUAGAACCUAACCACAGCCCUGUCCCUUUACCUUGACCAUUUUGACCAACCUCCUCCCAUCUUCCUGAACCUCUGCUUGUCUUCUUUAGGACUGCAGUGUGGGCUGAGGGAAAGGCCCCGCGGGACAUGGCUGCAAGUGCCCAGCCCCGAGCUAGGCUUUUCCCUAUCUCUGCCUUUGGGACAAAGAGGCCAGACUCCCAAGUGCUCUGGAAGCUAAUUCUUUAGUUACCCAAAGAUCUCAAAAUCGACUCCCAAGUUCACUUCUCAGCCCCCUGCCUCUUUACUUCCUCAAGGUUGUGUUUUAUAUUUGCGUUCAUCCUGCAGCUACGCUGGACCACAGGGGCAUCCUGUGGGUUUUGGGUGCAUAACCUUGAGACACCAGGGGAGAAGAAAAGCCUGUCAGUACUGGCACCUUGGUCCCUGACCUCACUUUUCAGGUGUGGAAAGGACGUGCAUGCCCUAGAUCCCUUUCAUACUGUUGCCUCUCUCACGUAGCUGCUGCCUUUAUCCUUUCACCCUUCUUCCUUUCUCCUUCGAAAACAAAUCAAAAACCUUCACAACCAUAACUGAGAUAUUAGGUAGGUAAAGGAUGAUCACAUUGGAGUUUGAAAUUGAAAACACCAAAAAAAAAAAGUUAAAAUACAUUUGGUUCUCUCUACACUGGCUAAGAAUAUUGCUCUACACUGUAAGUUUUAAAUGUCAUGUUUCUGUAUGAAUGUAGUGUGGGUUUGAGUAGCAUUGUGUAUGAGUGGCCCCACAGGUUCAUGCACUCCCUAGUCACCUCUCCUUGUAGCCCCUCAGUUUAAUGGAGAAGGAAAAAAAAAACACAAAGCCUUAAGCUCUUUGAAUUCUUCCUUUACCAAAUGAGCAUGGUUCUAACAGCUGGAGGCAGGCCUCUAUGGGACACAGUCCCUCCCACCCCCUGCCCAUUCUUAGAGCAUAUUCCCAUCCACUUCAUGCUCAGCAGGUCUCAUUCCCAAGUGGCAAUUAGUUGACUAGAAAUUGAAUGCUUUUCUGUAACUUUGUUUUGUUGUAAAUUUUCGCACCCAUCUCUCUGUUACAGAUGCAAAGUUGGGCUCUUUCCCUCCCCCGCCCCAAACUAAAUAGGCCCUUGUCGUUCCUCUUGUCCCUGGGGAACGUGAGCCAUGUUCUUAUUUAAGAUUCUGGGUUGUGUUUACUAUCCACUGUUCUGUAGCCAGAAAGUCUAGUAUAAUCUGAAGCAGUGUGACUGAAGACCAGUUUUUAAGUUUAUAUGUUGGCAAGUUGCCUUAUAUUUAAAAAGAAAAAAAAAAAGGGAAAAAAUGCCUGAUUGUGUUAUGCCAAAUGAUAGCAACAUGAAGUCCUAAUUUAUUGUUCCUGAUUGUUUUCCUGCGUCUGUAAACACUGGUACCCCUCCCUGAGCCCCAGAGGCACCUGCAGCCUCUAGCUGCCAUCUCACCCAGGGCCCCCUACCCAUUCCCACUUCCUUGAGUCAAGGAGCACCACUGUCUUCCCUAAACCCUUGCUUGAUCCCCAAACCAGAUAUUCUUGCUAUGUUUCUCCUUCUCUCCCCACACUCCACCAUGCCCCCCAGCCCCGCCCAGCACCUCUCCCCAAAAGGUGAGCUGCCAUUUUAGGAAAUUGGACCAGGCACCAGUUUGGGGCUUUCAUUCAAACAACCUCAAACCCAUCUCUUCCUGUGUAGGGGUGCAAGUCUCGGAAGCUCUCACUCCCACCCCUAGUCUGCAUGGUAAAAUGUACUGUGAUUUCCUUGCCCCCAACUGCCCUCACCUUUGGUGUGAGGUUUUCCUAGUUCAACUUAAGUCCCUCUGUCCCUCUGCCAAGCAACCCCCAACCAGCAAUAAGGGUCCAUGCCAGGGCCUCCUAGCCACACUCCCUGCCUCCACCCCACACUGCCCCUCGGGAAUACCUGGGACUCCCCACUCGAUCCACACACUGUAGCAUUCAUUCUCCAUCUCUCUCACCUCACCUGUGGUGGUUUAUGGGUGUGAUGGGGUUUUUAAGAUUAUUACAAAUCAGUAAAAGAAAAAACAACUUGUCUUCUGA